ACGCAACAACAAUAAAAUUCCCAAUAACUAAAUAAAGCAACAUCUCCCCAAAACAACCGAAAACCCAUCACUCUCCCGCCAAAUCUCUCUGUCGCCGACUCCAUCCCCAAACCAGCCCAAAACUCAUCAUCACUCCCGACUCUAUGUCAUCUCACCGAAUUUCACAUGGCUCAGCCGCCCUUCCCCCAAUUUCAAACCCUCAGACACACAUAUACAUUACCUUCAAUCUGUGUUGUUCGAUUUUGUUGAUGGGGAUCCAGGUCGAAGAUCCGAGACCAAAAUUUUUGGUGCCCGUUUUCGCUGGAAACCAUGGCUCAUCUGGCGAGCCACAUCCAAAACUACGAGGUCCGAUUCCUCCCCGAGUUCUUUGACUCUCGCUCAAAUUGGACGGAUUUUCGAGUGGAACUGUUCGCCAUGGCCUGCAGCAACGCCGCGGCCGAGUUGCUUGGGGAGGCUGAGUUGGACGCAUCACAAAAGAGAAAGAAAGAGAGAUGGCUUUCUCCAUUCUAUUUCUCCAGGACGGCUUGCUGGCGAUAGAAUGGGUGUUGUCCCUGCGUCAGGAUUUUCCUUUAGUGCACGACAGAUUUGGAAAGUAAUCAAAGAGAACAAGGACUUGGAUCUUCCCGCUCACAAGGUUAUGGUUGCUACGGUUCGGUGUGAAGAGAUUGCCAACCAGAAAUUCAAACAGUUGGUCCAGGAUGAGAAAAAACUUUCUUUGUCUUUAAGCGGUCCUGUAGAGGCUCUACUGGAAACUGGUGCAAAAGACACCUGGGCUUCGAUACGAAAACUACUUAAUCGUGAGACCAAAGUUGCAGUAUCGGAGUUCUCAACUGCAGUUGCCAAUUUUGAGUUGGACAAUGAAACGGUUGUCAAAAUGAAGCAGCAUUUGAAGGAUUAUGCAAGAAAUUGGUGGAGAAAAAAGCAAGAGAAGAGGCUGGGAAAAUUAUGAUCCACAUGAAGGAUCGGUUUGCCGCAGUCUUCAAUUAUGACAGCGAUUCAAUGCCUAGGGUUUGGACUGGGAACGAAGACAUUAGAAGUAUUACCAAGGAUGCACGAACUGCGGUAAUC